GAGAGAGAACAGCAUAGAGUUUCUUGCUUUUUCUUUUACUCGCGAGGCAGAGAAAAAGCUGCAUCCUUCUUCGCUCGCUUUUCGAAAUCUCCUUCCCCAAUUUUCUCUCGUUUUCUCAGUAACCAAACAGUCUCCAGUCGCCGUAUACUUCAACCAGGAUAACUGUAUACGGAGUGGUAUAUACUCGCAUUCUUUUUUAGUUCUCGGACAUUUGUCUUUAUCCCUUCCUUUACUCGGUUUCUGAGUCUAGGAAUCAGAACAUUUCUUCCCGACAAGGGGGUUUCUGGGUUUUCUUUUUCUCGGAUAGAUCUCACCAGAAAUUGAUUUUCCGAGAAUCUGAAGUUUCUCCCUGAAGGUGUUAUUUCUUGGAGGUUUUCCUUCAUCAAUCUUUGAAAGGACAAUGUCCCAGAAGGUUUUGGCAUUGCCGGGAGACAAUAGUUUUGUUGGUUCACCAAUCUCUGAAUGCAAUGAGAAUUCCUCUGGUUUGAAUGUGCAAAGAUACAACUUAAUCAGCGCGACUAUUUCCGAAAAUGCUGGCUUAAGGAAUGAGGUUAGUGAAACUGAUGAUGGUGUAGGAGACAUGGAUAAUGCCGACGAGAAUUCACCAUAUAUUGGGCACAAUACUUCAAACAGAGAGCAGCACUCCAUAACCAUAUGUGAUGAAGAUCUGGGUGUUACUGUUUCGCCAUUGCCUUCAAGCUCUGCAUCUCAGAGCAACGAACGCAGGUGGAGUGACACAAAUGCAUAUGCGCGGAAGAAGAUGCUACAGUCUUGGGUCCAACUUCCGAAUGGUAAUUGGGAGCUGGGGAAGAUAUUGUCAACUUCAGGAGAAGAGUCUAUUAUUUCAUUGCCAAGGGGAAAUGUUUUACAGGUAAGAUCAGAGAUUCUAGUACCAGCAAAUCCUGACAUUCUUGAUGGCGUAGAUGAUCUCAUGCAACUAAGUUACUUAAAUGAGCCAUCUGUGCUGUAUGAUCUCCAAUACAGAUACAACCAAGACAUGAUCUAUACUAAAGCUGGACCGAUUUUGGUGGCUGUAAAUCCCUUCAAGGAGGUUCCUUUAUAUGGAAACCGCUACAUUCAAGGAUACAGGAAUAGGUCAAUUGAGGGCCCUCAUGUAUAUGCAAUUGCUGAUACCGCAAUUCGUGAAAUGAUACGGGAUGAAGUUAAUCAAUCUAUCAUCAUCAGCGGAGAGAGUGGAGCAGGGAAAACUGAGACGGCAAAGAUAGCUAUGCAAUACUUAGCUGCUCAUGGAGGUGGAAGUGGGAUAGAAUAUGAGAUACUGAAGACUAAUCCCAUCUUGGAAGCAUUUGGAAAUGCAAAAACAUUGAGAAAUGAUAAUUCCAGUCGCUUUGGAAAGCUAAUAGAGAUUCAUUUCAGUGAAACUGGAAAGAUAUCGGGUGCGAAAAUUCAAACCUUUUUACUUGAAAAGUCUAGAGUGGUCCAAUGUGCUGAAGGAGAAAGGUCGUAUCAUAUAUUUUAUCAGCUUUGCGCUGGGGCUUCACCUGCGCUUCGAGAAAAGCUCAAUUUGAUGAGUGCACAUCAGUAUAAAUAUGUGGGACAGAGUAACUGCUAUUCGAUCGAUGGGGUUGAUGAUGCUGAACGUUUUCACUCUGUUAUCGAGGCUCUAGACAUUGUGCAUGUUAGUAAAGAAGAUCAAGAAAAUGUAUUUGCAAUGCUUGCUGCAGUGUUAUGGCUGGGGAAUGUUUCCUUCACAAUUAUUGAUAGUGAAAACCACGUUGAACCUGCAGCAGAUGAAAGUUUGUCAACUGUUGCUCAAUUGAUUGGGUGUAGCAUUAACGAGCUUAAACUAGCUUUAUCUAACCGCAAGAUGAAAGUUGGAAACGAUACUAUAGUACAGAAGCUAACGUUAUCACAGGCCAUUGAUACAAGAGAUGCUUUAGCAAAAUCAAUCUAUGCCUGCUUGUUUGACUGGCUGGUUGAACAAAUCAAUAAAUCUCUUGCAGUGGGAAAAAGGCGAACUGGCAGAUCCAUCAGCAUUCUUGAUAUCUAUGGCUUUGAAUCAUUUGAUAAAAACAGUUUCGAACAGUUCUGUAUAAAUUAUGCCAACGAGAGAUUGCAGCAACAUUUUAAUCGUCAUCUAUUCAAGCUGGAGCAGGAGGAAUAUAUCCAAGAUGGCAUUGAUUGGACGAAAGUUGAUUUUGAAGACAACCAGGAUUGUCUUAGUCUCUUUGAAAAGAAACCACUGGGACUGCUCUCUCUUUUGGAUGAGGAAUCCACAUUUCCCAAUGGGACAGAUUUAACACUCGCCAACAAGCUUAAACAGCAUUUAAAUUCUAAUUUGUGUUUCAGAGGGGAACGAGGAAAGGCUUUCACAGUCGAGCACUACGCGGGAGAGGUUACAUAUGAUACGUCUGGAUUUCUAGAGAAAAACAGAGACUUGUUGCACUUGGAUUCUAUUCAACUUUUGUCUUCAUGCUCUUGCCACCUUCCUCAAGCAUUUGCUGCUAGUAUGCUCAUUCAAUCUGAGAAACCUAUUGCUGGUCCUCUAUAUAAAGCAGGUGGAGCUGAUUCCCAAAGACUAAGUGUUGCCACAAAAUUUAAGGGUCAACUGUUCCAACUUAUGCAACGUUUAGGAAACACCACCCCACAUUUCAUUCGCUGUAUAAAGCCAAACAACGUUCAGUCUCCUGGGUUGUAUGAGCAAGGGCUUGUGUUGCAGCAGCUAAGAUGUUGUGGGGUCCUAGAGGUGGUUCGGAUUUCGCGGUCUGGAUUUCCUACAAGAAUGUCUCAUCAGAAGUUUGCUCGAAGGUAUGGUUUCCUACUGCUGGAGGACAUUGCAGUAAAAGAUCCUCUUAGUGUUUCAGUUGCAAUCCUCCAUCAAUUUAAUAUUCUGCCGGAGAUGUAUCAAGUUGGUUACACAAAACUGUUUUUCCGAACUGGCCAGAUCGGGGUUCUUGAAGAUACAAGGAGUCGUACUCUCCAUGGCAUUUUACGCGUUCAGAGUUUUUUUAGGGGACACCUAGCACGCCUUCAUAUGAAGGAGCUUAAAAGAGGGAUAGCUAAUCUUCAGUCAUUUGUUCGUGGAGAAAAAGUAAGGAAGGAAUACAUGAAGUUACUACAGAGGCAUAGAGCUGCUGUUGCUAUACAAAGACAGGUUAAGAGCAAGAUUGCUAGGAAACAGUACAAAGGCAUGCUUGAUGCAUCAGUUGUGAUACAAUCAGUUAUUCGCGGUUGGCUGGUGAGAAGAUGCUCUGGGGAUAUUGGAUGGCUAAAAUCUGGAGGCGUUAAGAGAGACGAGUCAGAGGAGGUGUUAGUGAAGGCAUCAGUACUUGCUGAACUUCAGCGCAGGGUUCUUAAGGCCGAGGCCGGUCUGCGUGAGAAAGAAGAAGAGAACGAUAUUCUUCAACAAAGACUCCAGCAGUACGAGAACCGUUGGUCUGAAUACGAGACGAAAAUGAAAUCCAUGGAAGAAAUCUGGCAGAAACAAAUGAGAUCCUUGCAAUCAAGUCUCUCUAUUGCAAAGAGAGGCUUAGCAGCCGAUGACUCUGAAAGAAACUCAGAUGCAUCAGUCAAUGCAAGCGAUGGCACGGACUUGGAUUCAGCGAGUAAUUUCAGGGCCCAAACGAGUAAUGGAGGAGGGACAAGGCCUAUGAGCGCGGGUCUGAGCGUUAUAGGCCGUAUGGCUGAAGAAUUCGGGCAAAGAUCUCAAGUGUUCAGCGACGAUGCGAAGUUCUUGGUGGAAGUGAAAUCUGGUCAGGUGGAAGCAAAUCUGAAUCCAGACAUGGAGCUUCGUAGGCUGAAACAGAUGUUUGAGGCUUGGAAGAAGGACUACGGGGCGAGACUCCGGGAAACGAAACUGAUACUUGGCAAGCUUGGGAACGAAGAAUCCGGGAGCUCGGUGGAGAAGGUGAAAAGGAAAUGGUGGGGAAGGAGGAACAGCACGAGGUAUUUUUGAGCGUUUUCUUUCGAGUUUUUAGAAGCAAACGCUCUGAGUUUGCUUAAGAGUUUGGUGUGUGAUCUGCUUGUGGGAUAUAUGGCCAUUGAAGUUUGCAAAGUAGUAGCAAAAUGUUGUUAUUGAGUGACUGCCAUUCAUAAACCACGGGUAUAUUUAAAGCUUGUACAUCACUUUGAACCCAGAAGAAGAUGUGUUUGUGCUUAUUUAUUGUUUCCUCA